AUGUGCUCCACUGGAUGCUGUUCCACGGGAUGCUGCUCUGUUGUGAAGAGCAAGACCGUGUGCUGCAGCCCCUGCAAGACCGUGUGCUACAGCCCCUGCAAGAUGGCAUGCUGCAGCCCCUGCAAGACUGUGUGCUGCAGCCCCUGCAAGUCUGUGUGCUGCAGCCCCUGCAAGUCUGUGUGCUGUGAGCCGUGCCAGCAGUCCUGCAGCUGUGACCCGUGCCAGAAGCCAUGCUGUGACCCGUGCCAGCAAUCCUGCUGCUGUGACCCGUGCCAGAAGCCGUGCUGUGACCCGUGCCAGUCUGUGUGCUGUGAGCCCUGCAAGACCGUGUGCUGUGACCCGUGCCAGCAGUCCUGCAGCUGUGACCCAUGCCAGAAGCCGUGCUGUGACCCGUGCCAGUCUGUGUGCUGUGACCCGUGCCAGCAGUCCGUGUGCUGUGAGCCCUGCAAGACCGUGUGCUGUGACCCGUGCCAGAAGCCGUGCUGUGACCCGUGCCAGCAAUCCUGCUGCUGUGACCCGUGCCAGAAGCCCUGCUGUGACCCGUGCCAGUCUGUGUGCUGUGACCCAUGCCAGAAGCCAUGCUGUGACCCGUGUCAGCAGUCCGUGUGCUGUGACCCGUGCCAGAAGCCGUGCUGUGAUCCAUGCCAGACUGUCUGCUGUGACCCAUGCCAGAAGCCGUGCUGUGACCCGUGCCAGCAGUCCGUGUGCUGUGACCCGUGCCAGAAGCCGUGCUGUGACCCGUGCCAGCAGUCUGUGUGCUGUGACCCGUGCCAGAAGCCGUGCUGUGACCCGUGCCAGCAGUCUGUGUGCUGUGAGCCAUGCCAGAAGCCGUGCUGUGACCCGUGCCAGCAGUCUGUGUGCUGUGACCCGUGCCAGAAGCCGUGCUGUGACCCGUGCCAGCAGUCCUGCAGCUGUGACCCAUGCCAGCAGUCCUGCAGCUGUGACCCGUGCCAGCAGUCCUGCAGCUGUGACCCGUGCCAGCAGUCCUGCAGCUGUGACCCAUGCCAGCAGUCCUGCAGCUGUGACCCGUGCCAGCAGUCCUGCAGCUGUGACCCGUGCCAGCAGUCCGUGUGCUGUGACCCGUGCCAGUCCGUGUGCUGCACCAAGGUGAAGUCCGUGUGCUGCGUCCCCCGGCCCUGCUGCUGCCCCUGCUGCUCCUGCGUGGUGAAGAAGCCCGUGAUGGUUUGCUGCACCCCGGUGCGGAGGUACUGCACCCCCUGCAUCCCCAUCCAGCAGUGCUGCGCCAGCCUCAAGAAGAGCUGCUGA